AUGUCUUCCGGCUUCAUAUCUGGCGGUACAUCAGAAGCUCCCCUCGAGCGCAGUGAUGAGUGGCUAGCCGCCCAGAAAGAAAUCGAAGCGAAUGCCUUGCGCAGAGCUGAGCUGGCCCGACAGCAAGACGGCAAGAGCUUGUUCGAGACGCUCGAAGCCAACAAAGGUAUUUUGAGCUUGCCAGACCGGCCGGGUGCUUUGAAUGUAAUAGCUGCCAAACAAGAAGCAUUCGAAGAAGCGAACCGACUGAAGAACCAAUUCCGCGGUGUCGAUGAGGACGAAGCAGAAUGGCUCGACUCGGUACUUGAGAGUACGAGGGCGGAAGAGGAUCGCAUAAAGAGGGAGACUGCAGAGGGACUUGCACUUUUUCGCCAGCAGCAGGAGGAAGAGGAUAAGAAGGCCCGGAGGAGCAGUGAUGGUCUUGCUGCUGAGGAAGUAGCGCCUAUAGUUGAGGAGGGUUCAUGGGCUACUGGCAAGAAACGGAAGAGGACCAAAGACAAGGAAGGGCUCAAAGGUGUCAAGCUUCGAAGAGCUUCGGCGUCUGCGGGGAUAAAAGAGGAACCAAAGCCAGAAAACCCAGUGGUGCAAUCGAAGGGAGUUCAAAAGCCAGCGGAGUCUGCUCCUGCCCCUGCCGUUGACACGAAGAAAUCGCCAGAUCCUCCGAAGGUUAAGACAGGUUUAGUUAGCUAUGGCUCGGAUGAGGACGACGACUGGUAG